AAACAUUCGCCACACAUUUCUCAUUGCGAAUGAAAACAAUAGCUAAUCGUAACUUCAUACUCGUGCUGAUGCUUGUGAAGUAAGUUGCUGUCAAAUGUGUUUUUAAAGUAGCACAUUUUGAUUUGGAUGGUUUUUUUUUUCAAUCAUUUAAUAUUGUAUUAUAGUAAUUGCUAUGGUUCUAAGAAUAUGUAUUUUCCUGGGAUUGGCAGCACUCUUGUGCUCCCAGGCUUCAGGGAUUGCUGUCAUGAGUGUGGAUCUUGGGAGCGAGUGGAUGAAGAUAGCAAUUGUCUCUCCAGGGGUGCCGAUGGAAAUCGUGUUGAAUAAAGAGAGCAAACGCAAGACACCAAUGACGAUAGCGUUCCGCGAUGGGGAGAGGACGUUCGGGGAGGAUGCGGUGACGGUGGGCGUGCGCUUCCCGAAGUACAGCUACAGCUAUUUCCUGGACCUGGUCGGGAAGAAGCUGGACAACCCCGUCGUCAAGUUGUUCCAGAAGAGGUUCCCGUAUUACGACAUAGUGCCGGACCCUGAGAGGGGAACGGUGCUCUUCAGGCACGACAGCGAGACUACCUACAGCCCAGAAGAACUGAUUGGAAUGUUUUUACACAAGGCGCGUGAGUUUGCGGAAGAGACUGCCGGUCAGACGAUAACUGAUGCAGUCAUUGUGGUGCCUGCAUUUUUCAAUCAAGCUGAACGACAAGCGAUGUUGCAUGCUGCAGAACUAGCCAAUCUGAAAGUGCUGCAGUUAAUGAAUGACUACACCGCAGUUGCUUUGAACUAUGGGAUAUUUCGCCGUAAGGACUUCAAUGAAACUGCGCAGUACAUAAUGUUCUAUGACAUGGGUUCAUCCAGCACUACAGCGACUGUUGUUGGCUACCAACUUGUCAAGACUAAAGAGAAGGGCUACGUUGAGACAAAUCCACAAGUGUUUAUACUUGGAGUUGGGUAUGACCGCACUUUAGGUGGGCUGGAGAUACAACUGCGAUUGAGAGAUUAUUUAGGCAAGAAAUUUAAUGAAAUGAAAAAGACUCCAAAUGAUGUUUUCAAGAACCCUCGUGCAUUGGCUAAACUGUACAAAGAGGCUGGUCGUGUGAAAAACGUCCUGAGUGCCAAUGCUGAUCACUAUGCUCAGGUGGAAGGCUUGCUGGAUGAUAUUGAUUUCAAGUUGCACGUAACUCGUGAUGAACUGGAGGAGUUGAGUGCGGACCUGUUCGAUAGAGUGAAAGCUCCAGUUGAACAAGCUCUCAAAAGUUCUGGACUCACCAUGGACGUUAUAAGUCAGGUGAUCCUGGUGGGGGCCGGCACCCGGGUGCCCAAGGUGCAGGAGAAGUUGGCGGAGUUCGUCAAGAUGGAGCUGGGGAAGAACUUGAACACGGACGAGGCGGCGGUGAUGGGUGCCGUCUACAAGGCAGCCGACCUCAGCAAUGGCUUCAAGGUCAAGAAGUUCAUCACUAAGGACGCUGUUCUCUUCCCCAUACAGGUAACUUUUGAACGUGAGGUUGAUGGCCUUACGUCACCAAAACAAGUCAAGAGAACUCUGUUUGGGUAUAUGAAUCCUUAUCCGCAGAAGAAACUUUUAACCUUCAACAAGCACCAAAAUGACUUCUCUUUUAAUGUAAAUUAUGCAGAAUUGGACCAUUUUUCUCCUUUUGAAAUUGAAGCUCUGGGCUCGCUGAACUUGAGUCGAGUGUCCUUGACGGGAGUGGCUGAAGUUAUUGCAAAGCAUCAAGGGGAGAACAUUGAGUCAAAAGGCGUCAAAGUACACUUCCUGGUUGACGAAAGUGGGAUCCUGAACCUGACAAACGUGGAGUUUGUAGCGGAGAAGACGUUAACAGAUGAAGAGUUGGCAGCACAGGAAGAGUCCACAUUGUCGAAACUUGGGAGUACCCUUAGUAAGUUGUUUACAGGUUCAGAAGAAAAGAAAGAAAGUAAUGAAGAAAAGCCUGCACCAGCAGAUGAUCCCAAGGAAGAAAAACCAGUGACUGAGGAGGCUGAGAAAGACGAAAAGAAAGCUGAAGGGGAGACUGGUAAGAAAGAUGAAAAUGCGGAGGAGGUGAAAAAUGCUACAAAGGCAGUAGAGAAGAAACCCAAGCAGCUUCAGAUAAAGGAACCAAUUAAAGCAAGUGAAGAGAAAUUGGGUGUGAUCCCAAUAAGUGAUAAACAGUUCCAGGAGUGUGCCAAAAAGAUAGAAGAACUGAACAGAUUUGAUGAGCAGAAGAGACGGCGGGAAGCAGCUCUUAACGCCUUGGAAAGUUUUGUGUUUGACGCUCAGAAUAAGCUCAACACCGAAGAAUUUCAGGCUGCAGCUACUCCAGAAGAAGCGGAGAAGAUUAGAAGUGCUUGUCAAGAACUGUCGGACUGGCUGUACGACGAGGGGGAGGGCGCCGGCGUGGAGGCGUACGAGGCGAGGCUGAAGGAGCUGAAGGCGCUGACGGGCCCGCUGUACCGCCGGGUGAAGGAGCACCGGGAGCGGCCCGAGGCGCUGGCCGCGCUCGCCUCCAUGCUCAACGGCAGCUCCAACUUCCUGGCCGGGGCGCGCAACAUGAGCUCGCAGGCCGAGGAGGGCAUGUUCACUGCUGUCGAGCUGGAGACGCUCGAGAGGGUCAUCAAGGAGACGCAGGAGUGGAAAGAAAAUAUGGAGGCCGAGCAAGCAAAACUAACACCUCAAGAAACACCCAAGCUAACACUCAGACAGAUUACAGACAAGAUGGGUGUUUUAGAUAGAGAGGUGAAGUAUUUGGUGAAUAAAGCAAAGAUAUGGAGACCAAAGAAAACAAAAGAAUCACAGAAAGCACAAGAGUCUGGGAAGAACAAAACGGAAGGGGAUGGCAAGCCGGCGGAAGAUGCGGAGGCCGCGAAAGUCGCGGAAGAAGCCCUCGAGGCGGAGGGGGUCGUGCCCGGAGAGUCCGGAGGGCCGGAGCUGAUGCCGGGGGACUCCGUGCCGGACCCCGGAGAUCAAGCCCCAGGAGGAGGGGAGGAGGAGGAGCAGGAAGUCCCGGCCUUGCCCGGCCCCGACGACCAGUCUGUCCCUGACGCGGAUGAGGCGGAAGGGUCUGUGAAAGAUGUGGAGAACCACAAUGAACCUUCCUGGUUUGCAUCAGCCCUAAUUGUGUGCACUAUCCACGUCUUGUUCGUGUUGACACCUGUAUAACGAUCCUAUUGCACGCUUCUAGUCUUCCCUGCUCGCUCGUGUACCGCCCGCCUGCACAAAAACAGCAUGACCGCACAGAGCUGUAACAGUUCCUUCAUUCCAAGAUGUGAUUACUUCAUAAACGCACCAGUGUGGCAAGUUUCCACACGAACAUUAAAUCUGUACACACUUGGCAAGUGUAAUAUGUGACCAACUGUAAAUCACUGUAAAUUAUUUAUUUUUUAAUUUAUAUUCCUGCCAUGUUGUCAGAUUGAUCUGAGUGGACACUCUGUUUGUGAUUCAGUAAUUUAAUAAAUUAUUUGAAUUAGCAUGUGUAUGUUGAAGUGUGUAAAGUUGCAUAGAUGUAGUGUGGUUAUACUGAUGGAGUUGUUUGUGAUCAGUUGUGGUCUGUAGGAAAAACUCAUGUUCUUGUUGUGUGCUUAGUAAAACAUGUUUUUUA